AUGAAACUGGCUGUUUAUAUCUAUCUAUCUAUCUAUCUAUCUAUCUAUCUAUCUAUCUAUCUAUCUAUCUAUCUACUAAACAGAAGAGGUAACAUUAACUCCAACCCCAAUGUACAGUCUAUCUAUCUCAGCCUGUUCGUAUCUAUCUAUCUAUCUAUCUAUCUAUCUAUCUAUCUAUCUAUCUAUCUAUCUAUCUAUCUAUGUACACACCGAAGGUUUUCUUAUACUUAUAAUAUUACUACUAAUAUCUAUCUAUCUAUCUAUCUAUCUAUCUAUCUAUCUAUCUAUCUAUCUAUCUAUCUAUUAUAUUUCAGGAACCUUCCAUGCUUUUUAAUUCGACAUAAUAUAUCUUUGUCAAUCUAUCUAUCUAUCUAUCUAUCUAUCUAUCUAUCUAUCUAUCUAUCUAUCUAUCUAUCUGUGUGUGUUUGUGUAUGCGUGUAUGCGCAUGGAUAA